CCAGCUUUUGACCCCGAGGGGUUCCUGUAGUACCCAAGGGAUGUAGAAUAAAAGGGCAGCAUUAUCUCUUCUCUAGACACGUUCAGAAUAUUCAGAUCAUAUCAUCUUCUAGCAAUAUCACACAUUCCUAAGAUGGCACCAAAGAACAUCAUCGUUACCGGCGCAGGUGGCCUCAUCGGUCCUCUGCUCUCUGCACGCCUCCUCAAUGAUGGGUACCGGGUAAUCAUGACCGACAUAGUCCAGCCAAAUGUCCCGAAAGGCGUCAAACACCCAGAAAACGCAGUAUGCAUGAAAGGCGACAUCUGCGAUCAGACCUUUGUCAAGUCCUUGCUCGACGCCGCCCAACCACUGCAUGCCAUCUUCAUCUUCCACGGCAUCAUGUCGGCAGGCUCCGAAGCCAACUUCGACCUGUCGAUGAGGGUCAACGUUGACAGUGUUCGAAACUUGCUCCUUGCCAUCCGACAAACAUCCCCUGGAGUCCGAGUCGUUUACUCAAGUUCCCAGGCUGUCUUUGGACAACCGCUUCCGCCAGUUGUCACGGACAGUGUGACACCAACGCCCGAGGGCACAUAUGGCGCGCACAAGUUGUCGACGGAGAUCAUCAUCAAUGACAUGCAUCGUAAGGGAUUUAUCGACGCCUUCAUCGUGCGCUUUCCCACCCUAGUCGUGCGUCCUGGUUUACCAAGCAAUGCCGCGUCGUCAUUCCUCUCGGGUAUGAUCCGCGAGCCGAUGAAGGGGGAGGAAUGCAUCAUUCCACUGAAGGACAGGUCGUUCAAGUCAUACAUUUGCUCUCCCAGCGGUGUGAUCGAGAACUUGGUCAGGGUCCUGAACUUGGACAGCACGGCGAUGCCGAAGCAUAUUCGACACAUCAACUUUCCUGGUGUGGCUGUGACAACUCAGGAGUUGAUGGAUGGGCUGGCCAAGUACGGUGGAGAGGACAAGUUGAAGCUGUUGAAGGAAGAGACCAAUCCUGAGCUUGAGAGGAUCUUGAGGAGCUGGCCUCAGGAGUUUGACCCCAGCACACCUGAUAGGCUUGGCCUGGUUAGGGAUACGAAGGCGGAGGAUCUCGUCAAGGAAUAUGUGGACUCGCUUAAGUCGCAAUAACUCUGGUCAGGGAUGAUCUCAGUGAACACGUUAUACGGUAGCGAGAUAGCACUCGGGAAAAGAGUGUAAAGUGUAAUUGAGAUAACGAAAAGGAGUCCGCGGUUCGCAUCGAAUGGACAAUAUCUAGCCGUGAAAUGAAAGCGUCGUCAAAGUGACCAACACGAUUAGUCAUUAGAGAAACAGAACACCCCGGUAGCCUUUCAUGGUUCGAAGGAAUAUUUUAAAUGGAGAAGAUAAUUAGCAAUUGAGUCACGCCCGUGGUGCAGAGAAAGAGGCAAAGAGGCCC